UGGCUCUUCGGAGGGUCAGGCUCGGGCAAAUCCAGUGUUGCGUAUACCACUGCAGAACGUCUUCGUAGUAGAGACCAGCUAGCCGCAACAUUCUUUUUCUCGCGCAAGGAUACCUACAGGAGUGGUACCGACCGUGUAUUCUUCACCCUCGCAUACCAGAUCGGCCUCCUUCACCACAUUGCCAAAGCGGCCAUCAUCAAGGCCAUCAGACACGACCCCGACUUACUCUCCCCUCACAAGUAUCAUCUUGAUCAGUUCAACAAACUACUGGUUGAGCCU